CAAGUUGGGUAUUACGAUUAAAUAAAAUAAAACUCGAUUUUUAUCAAAAGUCCCAUGGUGCUUAGCGAGAAAAUGGCUGACCGAGAAUGACACACGCUGUGUUUUAUCCAGAAUUUACCAAACCAUUUUUGAAUACAGUCCUAUUUAAAAUAUAGGCUUAAACAAAUAUAUUAUGAGGUUCGUGUGUUUAAUGUGAAUUAUGCUUUCUUGAACCACGGAGACUGGCGCUUCAUUUGUGUUUAUCAAUAUCUUGACCGUAACACACGUGUUUUUAACAUCACGACAUGGCCACAGUAGCAGCCAAACGCGAGGGGCCGCAGUUCAUCAGUGAGGUGGCCGUCAGAGGAAACAACGCGGUGCUCGACUACUGCCGCACGUCCGUGUCUGCUCUGUCCGGUGCGACAGCGGGUAUCCUCGGGCUGACAGGACUCUACGGCUUCGUCUUUUAUUUCCUUGCCUCUUUCCUGCUCUCUUUGCUCCUGAUUCUCAAAGCCGGUCGCCGUUGGAACAAGUGCUUCAAAUCUCGACGUCUGCUUUUUACAGGAGGCUUGGUGGGCGGCCUCUUUACUUACGUGUUGUUCUGGACAUUCCUCUACGGAAUGGUGCAUGUGUACUAAAGGGACUCGGACAGUACAGCAGCCGUCUAGAUGUAGAACAGUGACAUUAUAGAGAUGCUGUCUCAGGGUAGAGAGUGCUGAUUGAUGUAGGCAGCACAAAUCUUAACCGGGACCUUACGUUUAGCCAUUCAAAUUUAAAACAUUUUUUUUCUCAGUACUAAUUGCACUGAACUUUAGAUAUUUAAAUAUAAAAAGUGUGUUGUCUUUCUUUCCUCUUAUAAUUUAAUAUUUUCCUAACACUUGUUCCAGGGCUGGGUGGGGUUUGGAUCUAGUGUUGUCCAACAGGGAGACUGAUUUGUUUUCCGCUUGCUUUCUAUAUAUGAUGUGCAACACUUUGUGAACUCCAGGCAUCAAUCAAGAUAAUGUAAAACACAAUACCAACUUUAAACUGUAUAAAUCACUUAAUUUUAUUUCAAAUGUUUUGAGAAAAUUAAAUAACUAAGCUAAUGGAUUAAACUGUGUGGUUACUUAAGUGCGUCAUACAAAUUAACCAGCGUUUAACAUGAUUUAUUAUGUGUUCUUUAUCAUUGAAAUAAUUGAUCUAAGAUUGUAUAGCCUGUGUGUGGAUAGUGUGCCAAUCAUGACUAACAGUGUACAAGUUUUUUGUUCUGGAUUACUCAUGUCAUGGGUAUUUAUUUUUUUCAAAUUAUAAAACUUAAUUUACAGUAGUAUAUAAUUUUUGAUAGAAAAAAAGCAUGUUUGUUUAUUGAGACUGAAUAGGUGCAAUCAUAUUUCUGGCUGUCCUCAGUGCCUAAACUAUUAAAAUACUUUUUGCGCCGGUCA